AUGUCUGACAUGGGCGAUGACCACGAUAUGGGGGCGCACGAGGACGCCUUCGAUGACGACGAGGCAUUCGACUACGACGAGUUCCCCGAAGAAGACGAGAAGAAGGAUGACGAAGAGGAUGGCGAGGACAACGUCAUUAACGCCGGCGACCCGUCAGCGGCCGCCGCUGCCACCAAGAACAGCACCCUCUCGCACAAGGACAUGAAGAUCCCCGACGACCAGCGGACCACGACGCCCUACAUGACAAAGUACGAGAAGGCCCGUAUUCUCGGCACGCGGGCGCUGCAGAUCAGCAUGAACGCGCCGGUGCUGGUUGAUCUCGAGGGCGAGACGGAUCCUCUGCAGAUUGCGAUCAAGGAGCUCCGCGAGAAGAAGAUCCCUCUGAUCGUGCGCCGGUACAUGCCGGACGGAUACUACGAGGAUUGGACUUGCGAAGAGCUGCUCCAGUGA